AUGAAUAAAUUAAACACUGAAACUGACUCAAUUUUGGAACAGAAAGACCAAGAAAAAGGCAUUCUAGAGCACUUUUUCUUUGACCAGAAGCCUAGUGAGAAUGCAAGGCCAAUGUCUGGCACUCAAAUAAAGAAAGGGAAGAGCUUGAGUGAUUCUCUGAAAUAUGUUGAUACAAGAUCUAAGAUUUCUAAAAAAAUGAAUAAAUAACAGAAGAAUUUCAAAAAUAACUCAAGAUUUUGAUAGUGAAUACUUUAACUCAAUGCUUGGAACCAUUACUGAGGAAGAGAAAAAGAAUGAACAGCUGCCUUCAAUUCUUGACCAAAUGCCGAAGGUAGAUUUCGGAAAAAUUUUUGGAAUGAAGAAAAUCCAAUGGAAUAUUGAUAACUUCCACGAUUCAGACGACUCAAGUCUUGAUGAAUCAGUAGAAAAUGAGUAUUGGGAUGGUAUAUCCGAAUCUCCAAAACCUAAAGAUACAGAAAAUCUAUCAAAGAAGGCAUCUCAAGCUUCAUUUGUCUCUAAAUCUCUGCUUAUAUCCACAAAGAAAUCACACAUUGAGAAUCUAAAAUAAGGUCAGAAAUGCCUAUAGACAGGUGUUGAAAUAACCAGAAAUCCCAAAUGACAGGCACGGUCUCCAAAAAGGUGGCCUUCUACAAGGGAUACAUUGAGAGAUCAGAGAAUGCUCUGAAUAAAGAAAUCCGUGAAAUUUUAAAGCAAUUUAAGAUAUACAAAUAAUAUAAUCUUGGAAAAGGAAGAAGAAAAAACUAAAUUAAGACAGUUUAUCGGAAAACAAGAGGUCUUGAUAUCACAAAUGAGAGCAAUACAUGCAAAGCACAAAUACAAACCAGACCAAAAAUCUAACAAAGAUGAAGAAAUCAAGUAUCUUAAGCGAAAAUAAUGAACAUUUACAAAAAGAUAUAAAAAUAAUGAUGAAUGAAAGUAAAGGUCUCAAAGAACUCUUUGAAGAAUAUCAACAAGAUCUAAUCAAGGUCAAUAAAGAAAAUGAAAGCCUCAAAAAUCAGUUGCAGGAGCUCGAGAACAGGUACAAUCACCUUCAGAUCAUCUCAAUAAAUGAAAUUGACAGCCUUAAUGCAAACAUCAAGGGCAUUCUAGACCAAAAAUAAGCUUGACAUUCAAAAGCUAAAUGAUCAAAUUCAAAAUGAAAGAACACAUUUUUCAAAAGAAAAAGGCAAACUCUCGGCAGACAUAGAUAAACUCAAUGAAGAGCUUAAGUCUGUUAAGACUAUCCUCAGAUAUCCCAAGUUAUAUAGAAGAUAUUUCCAGUCUAAUUACAAGGAAAUCAAGAAAGCUGUAGAUACUGAAUGAUCUUUCCUAGGAAUUAAGCCGCUAAAAUGUCUUAAGAAGCAGAAAAGAGGUAUAAAGACCGCAGUGAGGAGACCAAGAUCCUCUAGACGCUUUUUAGCAAACUCUACAAGCCAGAUACCACCUAAAGAGAUGAAAACAAGACAGAAUUCAUUAUUUUCUAAACCUAGAGAUGUGUCUCAGAACUUAUCGUGAUUUAGCUCAUGUACUUCCCUAAAUAAGUCCCAGUUAGUGAACUCUUGAUUGUUAGGACCACCUAAUGAGGCUGUUGAUUCGAGAGUUGCUCCAAUACCAGGUUCACAUAACAGCUCCAUGUGCACCCAGCCGAGAGAUAACCCACAAGCCUCCAGUAUAUUCAAAAGGAAUCACAAGUUUAGUAUAAAUCUGACCCAUAAAUGGUAAAUUUAAUUAAUAAAUUUU